CUCCUCCGUGCACAGCUGGACUUGACGUUGCAAUCGUUCUCGACAAAUCCCAGAGUGUUAAAUUAGGUAAUCUGGCAAAGGUUAUCACCUUCUUGGGUAAACUGGUUGGAAGCUUCCACCCUGCUCCUGACGCAGAUCACUUCGGCCUUAUUACCUUUAACAAAAACGCACAACUGUCUUUCACACUUGGCAACUCACAAUAUCACGAUAAAGACGCCCUAUUACAGAAAAUAGCCGAAGAACCAAUGGUCCUACAGUAUCAAACUCGCACCGAUAUGGCUCUCCUUAUGGCGAGGGACGAGAUGUUUACUGAGGCAGGAGGAGACAGACCAGACAAACCAAAUAUCAUGAUUGUACUCACAGAUGGAAAGCCAACAAAUCCAAACAGCAACUUUGACUUCAAGGCAUUUGCUAAAGAGAUAUCGAAAGAUUUCAAGGAAAAGAAAGUCAACAUUGUAGCAGUGGGCAUCGGUCCAGGAGUGGAGGAAGACACUUUGCACGAUAUCGCUGGCACAGGACCUGUGGUUCAGGUGGAGGCGUUCGAUAAGCUUGAUGAAAUGAUGAAAAAAAUCAAGGCAUCAGCAUGUUCGG